AUGAUUUUGUUGGACAAUCAUAAUGUUGUAAUAGAAGAGACGCUGACCCAACCGAUCGUGAACAAUAAUCCCACAGCCUUUGAUGUCAAAGUGGUCGAUUUCGAUGGCGUGUCUUGUCAUCUUUCGACUUUAGAAUCCAAUUCUGUGAUUAGAUUUUCUCUCUCAAUGCUAUGUUACAAAGAACUUGUUCAAUGGGGUGCUCAGGAUAUGUUACAAAGAGAAUAUGGUCCAUAUUGCGUUUCUGACACAGAGGAAGGAUAUGAUUUUACUUUAGAAUUUAAUUUACAAAAUCUUCCUAAAGAUAAAGAACAAAGAGAGGAAUUAGUAAAUAAAUUAGCUAUGAUUAAACGUGAUCUUUUGGCUCAACCGUUUGAACGUGCAUUUGAGCAGCAAGCAAAAUUCGAAGAUGAGAAACAAACCAAUCCACAUUCUGAACUCAUGCAAAUUCAUUACAGAGAUCAGGAAGCUUUUUAUAUUCAAGCUCAACUAGACAGAGUUACUGUAAUCUUCUCUACAUUAUUUAAAGAGGAUACGGAUAAAAUAUUCGGUAAAGUAUUCUUACAGGAAUUUGUUGAUGCGCGUCGUCGUCCAAAUAUUCAAAAUGCUCCUCAAGUGUUAUAUUCGAGCAAGGAACCUCCUUUGGAAAUUAGACAUUUAUCAGAGUUACAAAAGACGAAUAAAAAUGAGGAGAUUGGUUACGUCACGUUCGUUUUAUUUCCUCGCCACUUCACUCGAGGUGAUGUGAGAGAGAAAACAAUCUCUCAAAUUCAAUUAUUCCGAGAUUAUCUUCAUUAUCACAUCAAAUGUUCAAAGGCUUAUAUGCACUCUAGAAUGCGUGCUCGUGUACAAGCGUUCUUGAAAGUUCUUAACAGAGCCAAGCCGGAAUUACCAAAUGUUGAGAAAAAGACAAUCACAGGAAAGACCAUUGUCCGAACUUAA